AUGCAUAUGAGAGACCUAUUUUCCAGGGGCGGCAGUGACUCCGACUUACACUCCGUCGCGCCGUCCGAAACGAAGUCAGAAGCGACCCAUCGCCAUGAGCUGUUGUUAAAAGUGCAGUACGCCCUCGCCGACAUCAUCGGCUUGGGCGCAUUACCAUCCAUCAUCCCGCCCGGCCGAGAACACCACCACUGCAAAAAGCGACCAGUCUUCAUCGCUUGGCAUCCCGUGGCGGACAACCUGGGAGUGUUAUUUGCCGAGCAUACGCGACUGGGGCAAGCUAUCACCAAGGAAAUGGGCGAGUUUCCAGAUCCGACAAAUCACUGGGCUGUAUUGGUGGGGGAUCGGGAUACGGAUUAUUAUCAUGAGCUGUGGAUGGAGAAAGACUUUACAGUGGUAAACCAGCAUGGCUUGGUCGGGUCACAGAAGUGGACGAACAAGCUACAAGUUGGAGAGACGAGGUGGAAUGAUCAAGCAGUAUUAGCAGCCAGUAACAAGGCAAUAAAGCAGAUGAAGCCAAGGUAUGGCUUGAUCGAUAACAACUGCCAAAUUUUCGCCUCUCACCUCCUCCUUGAGCUAGGCAUCAAAUUGGGAACAGAUAUCAACACUGCUAAGGAUAUGAGAGACAAGUUACUCGCAGAGUUCAGCGAGAUUUCAUGGCGGAAGAAACUGGCCAACAAGGACUGGCAGACCCCAAAAUUCCUAAAGGUGAAGGAAAUUCGGCGGAGCAUCAGCCCUGCCUUUGGGGGAAAUGUAGAGCGAGAACCAGAAGCACAUGAGGAGGUUGUGAUGCAGGAAAGGAAAGCCAAAUUACGACCUUUUAGUUGGGGGAAGAAGAAAGAAGUGGUUGCGCAACUUCCAACCUCGCCAUGA